GCGCGCACGCCUCCUCGCGCUCGAUGCGUGUCGUUAUCGAAAAUAAAUAAAACAAUGUCGACGAGUACGUUAAAGUGUAAUACGUGUAAUCUAGUGAUAAACGAAUUGUUAUCCUACAUCCAGAAUAAAAUUUCAGUGAUUGAUGAGGAUACAUUGUUGCGGAUUUGUACAUCGGCUUUUAGUAAUGACGAAAUUCAAAAGUCCAAGUCGUUACUUUUUGACGCCGUCCCAACGACGAAACGAAAAAUACAACGGAAGAAAGAAGGAAAAGGACACCGUGACCUGGAAGACAUUAUGUCACUUUUUAAGUCUGUUCCCGCGGAGGUGAUGCCUGUUUUCGUUUCCCGCGAGCUGGAGAAGCUGCCACCGGUGACUUUUGAUCACCUGGAUUGUACUCAACUAUUAAAAGAUAUUGUACGUCUCCAAGCAGAAAUAAAUAACAUAAAGGAAACCUAUGUUACUUCUACUCAGCUGCAAGAAUUCAAAUCAGAGCUACAAGUAAAAAAUAAUUCGCCACUUCUUCCAAUUUGUAGUGUAAACACUAGACGUGGUGCAUGGUGUUUGGAUAGUGGACCGAUAGGUUUAUCCCAGUGUGAUAUUGCGUCAGUAAAUGAUUCACUGGACACAAUAACGAAAACACCGACAUCUACAAAGGCAAUGAAAGAUUCUUCGCCUAAUAGCAAUAUUUCUGAACAACAUACCGUAGCCGUCGAUAAUACAAAAUCGACACAUAAAUUGAGCUACAGAAAUAUUAGUAAUGACGCGGCGGAGGGUAUGCGCAGCGAGUUUGCUCGGUGCGAUAAACCGCCUACGAUGACGUCAUGCGAAAUCAGCUGUGCCGAUAAAGGUUUUGAGGCGAGCGCUAAAAUGAAUGAAAAACUUGUAAAUAAACAAGAUGAUUGGCAAACGGUUUCUUAUAGAAAAAAGAAAUCAUCAUAUCGAUAUUCUGGAUUGAUGGGGACGGCUGCCUGUGAAUCAAAUAAUAAUUUCAAAGCAGCGGAUCGAAGUGUUCCUGUGUUCAUAACAAACGUACAUAAAGAGACAACAGUACCUCACAUGGUCGACUAUAUUAAGUUAAAAACCCAAGAAUGUGUGUCGUUGGAAAAAAUCUAUAUGAAAAGGAAGGCAGAUCAUAAUGCAUACAAGUUCUUCGUACCAGAGCACAAGUUGCCUUUAUUUUUAAAUGAAAAUAUAUGGCCUAAGGGUAUUAUAUUUCGAAGGUUUGUGCAUUUUAAGCCGAAGGAUGCGAAUGGUGGUAGCACCAGCGGCCUAGUACAAAAACCUAAUGCAUAGUUCCUUGUAUAAGUUUGUAAGCUUCAACUGUAAAAAUGUCAAAAGGUCAGUUGAAAGUAUUAGAUGGCUGUGUCAAACAUCUGACAUUAUUGCACUGCAAGAAACGUGGCUGAUGCCAGACGAGCUGGCGUUCCUCAGCAGCGUCUCCCAGGAGUUCGAGAGCACGGGCACGUCGGCGGUGGGCGCGGCGGCC